AUGGCGGCAUUCUUGCGCUCGGAUCGAUUCGACGAGGCCGUGGAGAUCUUCCACGCCAUGCCGGAUCGAAGCGUGGUGUCGUGGAACGCGCUCAUCACGACCUACGGGCAGAGCGGGCGCUGCGAGGACGCGGAGAGGACUUUCUUGGCGAUGGCGAGGAGAGAUCUCGAGUCUUGGAACUGCGCCAUCCAGGCGGAGCUCCAAGAUUCUGGAAGAGAUGAUCACGGCCUCGCGGCAGCAGCAGCAUUCCUGGAGAGAAUGCCGCAGUGGAGCGAGAUUUCUUGGAGCCUGAUGGCGCAGACGUACGCUUCCACCGGGAAAUUCCAAGCUCUACUCGAAUCGACGCUGCCGGAUCUGCCGCUCAUGACCUGGAACGAGAUGAUCACCGCGCACGCCCUGAACGCCAAGAUCGAGGAAUCCAAGCGGCUCUUCGACUGGAUGCCGCAGCGCGACGUGAUCUCCUGGAAUCGCCUCCUCCAGGGCAUGGCGAACGAAGAACAAGAAGAUCAAGAUCGAGAGCUCCUGGAAGAAAUCUACCACCGAAUGCCCGCCCGGGAUCUCAUUGCUUGCACGACGAUGAUCGGCGCCUAUGCCAGCCUAGGAUCGCUGCACCAGGCGCGCGAUCUCUUCGAUCGAUCGCCCCAAAGAGACAAGACGCUCUGGAAUGUGACGAUCAGCGCCUACGCCCAGAAUGGGCGAGCCGACGAAGGGCGUGGAUUGUUCCACGUCAUGCCCCACACGGACGAGGUCUCGUGGACCGCGAUGCUCGGCGUAUAUUCCCAACAAGGCCGCCCGGAAGACACCCGGGAUAUUUUUGAAAAGAUGCCCAGGCGAGACAAGGUGGCCUGGAACGUACUAAUCGACGGAUAUUCCCAAAACGGGCAUUUAGAAGAAGCAAAAGAGGCGUUUGCAAAGAUUCCUUGCUGGAAUGCCAUGCUAUGGAACUCCAUGGUGAGAGUAUAUGCCAUGAGAGGGCAUCCAGAGGCAACAAAGGGAGUGUUUGAGAAGAUGCCACAGAGGGACAUUAUCUCUUGGAACUCCUUGAUUUUUGGAUAUUCUCAGAACGGGUAUAUUCGCGAGCCCGAGCUCUUCUUCCACCUCAUGCCCGAGUGGAGCACCGUCUCCUGGCUCGUUUUGAUGGCCUCGCUCGCCCAAAACGGUCUCGCCGAUCGUGCAAAAUCCGUGUUUGAUCGAAUGCCCGAGCAGGACACCUCGUGCUUCGUCGCGCUCAUGGCCGGAUUGGCGUCCAACGGCAGCUGCCAAGAGACCAUCGAUCUCUUCCAGGCGAUGAAUCUCUUCGGCUGGAAGCCAAACGCGGACGCGUUCGUGAUGAUCCUCCACGCCUGCAGCCACUCGGGGGACGUGAUCCAGGGGCGCGACUUCUUCGCCUCGAUCCGGGAAGCCCACGGCCUGGAGCCGACGAUCGAGCACUACUCCUCGAUGAUCGAUCUCCUGGGGCGCUCGAGGCGGAUCCAAGAGGCCGAGGAGCUCGUCCACAGCAUGCCCUUUCUCCCGGACGCUGUGACCUGGACGAUCCUUCUCAACGCCUGUACCGUGCAUAGCGAUCUGGAGCGAGGAGCUCGAGCAGCAACGAGCGCCCUCGCGAUCGAUCCCAAAAGCCCAGCUGCGAGCUACAUUCUCCUCUCCAAAGUCUACGCCCCACCGGACGAGAAAUUUUCUAGGAGUUGA